AGUUUCUAUUUUUAGCUCACAGGCGUCACUUGCAUAGUCUGGUCCCUAUACUGGUGGAACGUUUAGCGUGGCAAUGAUCGAGCUCUCGUAUGGGAACAAGACAAAUGUAGUGCGGCGAUGUUUCCGCGACAUUUCCCACACACACACGCAUCGCCCUUUCUUUUGAUUUACGGUGAUCGAUGGUAAGUUUUGAGCAGCCGAAAUAAAGGAAUGGAGCAUUAUUCAGGAGUACAGCAUUGAGGAAGAACACUUAAAAAUCCACCCAAUGUGAUCAGCUACUGAUUGGACCGUUAUUCCACCAGCAAGGGCUAAUUAAACCAGGCGACAAUCAUGUCCACUCGUGACAGGCAUGUCAACUGCCCAGCCAGCCUGGGCGCCAGACUAGCCCUGGAGUUCAACAACCAAGACUUCAGUGACGUCAAGCUAGUUGUCGGGAAGAAGACGUUCUACACCCACCGCAUGCUCCUAGCCAAUCAGAGCGAGAUGUUCCGGAUCAUGUUCAAAGGCUCCCAGUGGCUGGAGGCCACCCAGGAAGAGAUCGACUUGACGGAGCUUAGGGAGUGCGAAGCAGUGUUCCACGAUUUCCUCCAGUUCUUCUACUCAGCGAGAAUACACCUCACCACGGAUAACAUUGUUGCAGUGAGAAUACUUGCCGAUAAGUACCAGCAUAUCCAGCUCAUCAGGGAGUGCGAUCGCUUCAUCCAGCAGAUCAUUGUCCAUGAUGAGAUUGACGUCCUUGUCGGCUGGCUGGUCAACAUGGUCAAUCUAGGGGACAAAUUGGAGCAGCGAUGCCUGAGUAAGCUGCAGCUGGACUACACCAAGCUGAUGACCUCAGAGAGCUCCCGUAAUCUCCUGACCCUGGACCUCCUGAUGAAGAUCGUGGACAGCCCCUACAUUCUGGUCCGCAACGAGCUCAUGCUGUUCAAGCUCUUGGCCGGGUGGAUCAUGGAGCGACGGCACCAGUCAAGCCAGAAGAGCGCCCUCACCAAACUGUUGCCAUUCAUCCGCUUUGAGCACAUGACCAUCGAACAGCUGGGCGCAGUGGAGAGCUCACACCUCGGGGUCAAAUACCCAGACGUCAUCAUGAAGCACAUGUUUGAGGCCUACAAGAUCCGGGCCCAGCUGGCCGUCAAGGACAAAGAGAAGGAAAAAGCCAAGAAAAAGGACAAAGACAAGGACAAGGAUGCGGAGGGGGAAAAGAUGGAAGUUGAGAAGCCUGCCAAGUUUGUAUGGCCCACAGUCCAGCUGCGCCUGUACACGGAUUCACCCUGGGGUAGUGGCUACACCAAGCCCAUCGAUACUUUCCUGAGCACAGAGUACGACAUUGGCAACUUCAGCUGCCCAGUCAUGGACAUGGCAGUCAAGUCCGGCAAGGUCACACAGGAACCAGACACCUGGAUUAUAAACUACAAGCGGGAAGUCAAAACCUACAUAGAAUCCGAAGACCAAGUCAUCAGUAAGGUCUUGGUCUCUCAUGACUUCACCUGCAAGUACAAGAUCACUCCGGACCAGAUCCGCAACUACGAACUGGUGAUCCUUACAGGGUACGUGCCAACAGACGAGGCAGAGGACCAAGAAACGGCCUUCACCACCCUCACUGCCAAGAAACACUUGGGCACCAUCAAGCCCAUUGCCCUCAAGACCCAUUCACGUCGGCGAAUCAAAUUCACCGAGAUCCUCAAGCCGGCGCUACUGGGAGGCUGUGAGUAUGUGUUCUCGGUCGGUGUGUAUUUUAAAGAAAACAAAACCUGACUGUCUGAGAAACAUUUGUAAAAACAAAGAUUGUUAAGGACGUACAGUUAAGAGUUAAACAGGCCACUAAAUGAAUCACCCAAAAAGGAUUGUGAAUUUUGCGUCUCUUUUUUUUUUUUGAGGGGGGGUUGUUUGCUCUUUGUAACCCCACCCCUAUCCCCAUAUUAAACAAUGUAAUCUAGAAAAUGUAUGUCCAUGUCUGCAAGAUUGUAUAAUUAUCAAGCUUGCCACUUGUUAAAAUCGUCGCAUCAGUGCAUCAAGGUCGUAACUCGAUUCUGCAAUAAAGUCGUAUCUCGCGCGAUUACGCUCCGUGCAACAAGGUUGUAUCUCGUGAUACAAUCGCAAAGUCCAUUGACUUUGUGUGUACAUCCGUGUUAUUUUUUAGCAAGAUACAACCUACUUUUGACAUGGAAACUUGUGUUUCGCAUACAUUAGGUUACACGCAAUUUUAGGAGAUACAACCUUGAUGCACGGACACGAUAAAAUGACAUAAAGACAUUCUUAAAUAGUUGGCGUUGACAUUUUUGGAAUUUUUAAACAACUUUAUACAGAAUAAAUUUCAUUAAUUGUUGAUUUUUUUUCUCAAUGAUAUUGUGGAUGAUACAUUUUAAAUUUUAUAAGAAUUCUGUUGAAUGAAGAAACCAGUUUUUGCGAAUGCCCUCAUUUUGAUAAAAAAAUUUGAAGAUUGAAAAUUACCCUUUCAGAAACAAUGAACAUUUCUAGUUUUAGAGCACACAUCAUCAUGACACAAUUUGCAUUAUUCAUCAUUUCAUAACGGAUACUUGUAGGCCCUCAAAUGUUAAUUUAAAAAUAAAAGUUCAAGAUUAAUGGGUACAUGACUUUUAAAAAAUGGUGCAUUGCAGCGACUAGUUGAAAUGUUUCAAAAUAUUUUUGUAACAAAAUAGAGUACAAUUAUGAAUCACUCUGCCAGGUUUUUUAGUUAAUUGAGUAGUAAAUGAAAAGUUGCUGUCCUACAUUGACUUACCUUUCCAAUAAUGAAGCAAAUAAAUCAACCUGAUAAGUAGCUCGUUCCGCCACUUUUAUUUAUUUGUGCUAAAUGUACUUUAACUUCUAACAAACUUAAAACCCCUUUCGUGAUAUAUUAACUUUUCUUUGUUAAACUCCUUUAUUAAGAUGGAGUAGGGACAUUGAUGCGGAUUUUAAUUGAUGUAUUUUAGUCAAAUCAGAGUAUUUUUUUUAGUUUGCAUACUGCAUACCAUCAAAGCAGGCCACUUUUGUUAACAAGGAAUGCUGAAAUGCCAUUUUAAGAUGCCAAUGCUAAACAAACAUUCAUCACUUCGUACUGUAAACAUUGUAAAUAUUUUUUGUGACCAGUGUAUUUUUGCUGCUGUUUUGCUUCAGAGUUAUGACCUUUUAAAAUAAUUUUUAUACCACAGUUACCCAAUUAUGAAAAGAUGUUGCUUCAACUUGCUUGGCUGUUUUUACUUCAAAACUUGUAUCGUCUUUUACUGUGACAUUUCUGUAAAUAGUUUUAUUGACAAAGAAAUUAAGGUUCUGUAACUCAUUCAAUAUGAUGGGAGAUAGUUGAGGGAUUUGAAUUUUGGGAUUGGAUGCCCGUGUUUUACUUCAAUAGGGUACCUGGUUCCCCGUACUACCCGUAAAUGCUUACUUUUAACAUGACCGUAACACAUUUUAACUGCAGAAGACUUUGCCACAGAUUUGUUCUGACAUAAAAUGCACUUCUCUAUUUUAUAUCAAUGUGUAGAGUUUGAACUGGCAUAUAUUUGUCCUCCCAAAUUUCCCUAAAUUCUUAACGAAUAGAUAUUUGCAUGCCAUGCUUUCUUAGCUUUUAGACCAGUUGUUUUUUCAUAUAGGUACUUUUAAAAUUGUUAAUCGUGUCCAUUUCAUAGUUUAUCAGAAGGGGUACAAUGUUUAUGUACAUGCCUUUUAUAAUGCACGACAGGACAAAUCAGCAAAAGACUUUUUACAAUAUAAUAUUGCUGUAGUUUUAUUAAAAUUAUGAGUCACGCAAACAUUACAGAUGAACUAAUUGAAUUCUGACCAUGCCAUCAGGUGAAUACCUACAUAAAGACACCAAUUAUGUUUGCUAACUGUAGAUUCUGUGUAAAAUUUAAGUGUACAAAAAACAUUUUGUACUCCUCUAAGCAAUGGAUUUUGGCUUAUACAUGGCUUCAUUACACUCACAGGGUUUAGAGUUUAUGUAUAUGUAUGUGCUAGCACAGUUAGUACUGAAUGGCGAUGACAAGCGCACCAUGCUGUUGCAAUGAUACAUUUGAGCUAAGUGAUAACGAAACGUAAACAAGAAACGAGUAUUCCACUGAUAAGCCACUCUUCACCCGACUUAUUUUCAUAAUAGGUCAUAUGAAAUGAAUAUCAAAGAUGGGUGUAAAUAAAUGAAUGUGUUCCCCUUUUUACAA